GGACCGAAAAAACAACAUGGCAAAGAUCACAAGCAAGGUCAAAAACCAUUUAUACGGGAGAAUACCCCUUGGUCGAUCAAUCGAAUAAAAUAUGGGAAGCUUUCAACGAUACCGAAGAAGUCACAAUACUUGAUAUUCCUUUCAAAAUUCAAAUUCCCUAUAACCUUCCAGAGACAAUCACAACCGAAGUUGGAACGAUUCAUUAUCAACUUCGCGCUACCAUUAACGCAAAAUCCUUGCUUGGAACGGGACAACAAGCAAUAAAAGUAAAGUGUCCCCUAAAGAGAACCAUCGUAUUGGAUAAUCAACAAUCUCCACCAUACAAAAUAUCGGGAGAGGUUCCCAGUGGUAUUGAUUACACAUUCAUCUUACCGCCAAAUAAAAGUUUGAAUUUAGGCACUUACGUAUCAAUUCCAAUGAGAAUGAACUUCUUGCAACCCAAUGUCGGUAUUGAAAGACUCGAGGUUAUUCUAAGAACUUCAAUGAACUUUAAUUCCUCGUCACAAGGAGAUUCAAAACACGUGGAUCAGCAAAUCAUGGGAAUGGUGGUUCCACGUUCCGAAUUACAAUAUUUUCAUGGUGGAUGUACGUACACCAUCAAUCUAUUUGUACCAAAAAAUGUUCAACCAACAUAUCAAGGUAGAUUCAUAUCAAUAGUUCAUUUCCUCAACAUAAAAUUUUAUUUGUAUGGAUUUAAUGAGAGUUAUGAUGUUGAAGAAAGCGUUAGAAUUGCUCACAUAAUUGAAAAACAACCACCCAUCAAUUCUACAUCGCAAAUACCAAUCUCACCUCAAGUCACACCACCACUUCCACCCGAACAUAUAUCAACUCCAUCCCCAAUAUAUCAUACGCAAUCACAAUAUUCCAGGCAUUCACAACAAAAUUUCGAUCAAGUGAAUCGUGGUUUCGACAAUAAUCCUUUGCAGAUAUCAAUGGAACAUCCCAGGAAUUUCUGUGAUAAACCUUUAGAUGGUUAUAAUGCUAUACCACCAUUAAAUUUCCCAUAUGACAUCAAGAGACUUGACAGCUAUCGAUCAGAUCAUUUGUUAUCGAAGCCCAUGUCAUCUGGAACUUCAGUCUCGUCAUACACUUCAUAUGAUACGACUAAUUCAUCAAUAAGUGAAAUAACGAAUGAUCAAACUAUUUAUCCAACUCAGUUGUCUCCGCCACCUUAUCGACAACCAUCAAAUGAUCCCAAAUUAAAUUAUAAAUCUUUGUAA